GUGAAACGGAAACGGAAAACAGCGGGCCGGUUUGAAACGGAGGACUCGUCGCCGUGGUUACUGCCAGGGGGGCGUCCGGGAAAGUUUAAUUCACCUUUAAAGAGAGAGAGGGGAGAUUCAGAGCUGUUAGAGGAUAAAUAUAUGGGGCAUUUUAGCAUUGUUUUAAGGCUGUCCGUUGCGAUGACGUCACGCUAUUAAAUUGUAAAUAUGACCGUUAGGAGGCUAACGUUAGCAGAGUUAGCCAACGUAGCAUCGUAGGAUGCCAAGGAGCUUUUUCUAGUUGGUUAGUUUUAUUUCCUUUCAUUGGUCGGUCCAAAAUGUGCUCACACGAGAGCAGUCGUGUCCUGGUUCUGGAGGAGGAGGUAAAGAAUUUAUCAGAGGAGUUAAUUCAGUGUCAGGCAGACAAGGAGUUUGUGUGGUCUCUGUGGAAACGGCUGCAAGUGGCGAAUCCGGACUUGACCCAGGCCGUCAGUUUGGUGGUGGAGCGUGAGAAGCAGAAAACUGAGAUGAAGGACAGAAAAGUGCUCGAGAUCCUGCAGUCCAAAGACUUCAUGAUCCAGGACCUAGAACAGAAAGUGUCAGGGCAGCAGCAGGAGAUUAAGAGGCUGCUGCUGAAGAAGACGGCGACGGAUGAGCAGGACGGUACUUUAACGAAGGAGUUGACAACGCUGCGUGCCGAGUUGGACAACAAGAAUCGGCAACUGGAGGAAAUGAGGACGGAGCAGAGAAAAAAGGAAGAGGAGGAGCAGCGGGUGGUGCGCGCUCUGGAGGAGGAGAAAGAGGGAUUAAGGUCCCGCUGCGAUGCCCUGAGCGCUGACCUGCAGGAGAAACGGAGGCAGGCCGACAGCCAGCGAGGCGAGAGGGACGCCGCCCAGGCCAGACUAAAGGCUCUGGAGAAGGAGCUGCAGCGUGUUUGUCAGGAGCUUCCUAAACUGAAGGCGCACAGCGCCGUUUUGGCUGCAAAGCUUUCUUCCAAAGAGACGGAGUUAGCUGCAAAACAAGAUCGACUUGAACAAAUACAGCGUGAUUUCGCUGAAGUCCAGGGUUUGUACAAGCAAAGCACGGAGCACGCAGCCGAACAGAGCCACCUGAUCAAGCAGCUGGAGGGACUCAACCUGGACACCCAGAGGGUCCUGAGGAACCAGGAGGAGGCGCACACGGCCGACGCCACUUCCUACCAAGGGCUGUACAAAGAGCUGAGUCAGUGCUACCAGGCCCUGGUGUCCAGCGAGGCUAAGCUGCGGCAGAGUCACCAGGAGCUCAGCACGCAGGUGGUCCAGAAAGACGAGCAGAUCUCCGAACUGCAGGCUCAGCUGCAGAAACAACAGGAACAAAUCCAGCUGCUGCAGCAGCAGCAGCACACGCAGCCUGCAGCUCUCUCACCAAACAAACAAACCAACCUCAAGCAAUUCGCCGCUGCUCCGUCCGAUCGGGCCUCCACUCAGAGUUCAGAUCCAAGGCCAGAGGACAGACAUUUCCCUCAGCGAUCCCCCAGCAGUGUGAAAAGACUGCAGGGUGCACCUGUGCAGCGGUCCAGGUCUCUGUCCCCAGCCGGCAGCGUGGGGUUGGGAAGUGGGAGGAGGAUCGAAGCAGAACAAAGAAUUCGAGACCUGGAGGAGCUGCUGCAACUCAAGAGCGGCGAGAACGAGGAGCUAAGGAAGGCUCACGAUAAACGCCGUGAACGUCUGUGUCUAGUCCAAACCAACUACAAGACCAUCCGAGAUCAGAUGAAGGAGAUGGAGAAAUCACGUGGCUUGUCAGGUGGAAGGAAACAGCGCCCAGAGCCGUGGCAGCUUCGACAAGAGAACAGUGACGCUGUGUGGAACGAGCUGGCCUACAUGAAAAACCUCAACAGAAAACUCACCGCUGAAAAAGUUGCCCUAGAAGAGGAGCUGGACAUGCUGCGAGUCCAGUCUGCUAUGGACCGAACCACAGCGAAGGAGCUCCACAUGUGUCUCACUAAUGAUCAUCAAGAGCUGCUUCAGAAAAUGGCAGAGGAGCAGCAGGUCAAAAGCAGCACUCCGAUCAAACCUCCUCUCUCUUCGAGCCGGCUGAAACAGUCUUUUAAAAAGAUGAAGUAUUUGGAGCAAAGGCUGGUGCUGAUGGAGCAGCAGACAGCGGCGCUGAGGGAAGAGCGGCAGCAGCUGCUUCAGGCCAACGAAGACCUGGCCCACAACUGCCGACGACUCCAAGCCUCCGUCGACUUUCUCAGGGACCAGGAAGGUGACCGGGAGGAAGAGGCCCGGGUCCGUGACGAGCAGCACCGUGGUGAGGUCACGGCUCUGGAAUCCCGCCUGGCCGCGGCUCAGAAAGAAAUCGCCAGGCUCAACAAUCACCUGCUGAAGCUGAAGCAGGAGCUGGGUAUCGCCAGAGCAGCCAGGGACUUCCACAGGAACCGAGCAGCAGGCCCGGCGCGGCCGGCCGGGACCGCCAACAACAUCAGCGCCAAGGUCAAACCGAAGACAACCUGGCACAGAGGCCUUCCACGCCCGCACCACCACCCAGCAGUCAGCUCCAAUCAAGCCAUCAGCUGGCACGGCCGUAACCUCAGCCCCACUAAGGACGAGUGGGAGGACAUGAGCGCAGAUAGUGACAGUGUUGAGGAGUACUCGGAUAGUCUGAACGGGGAAUCCUCUGGGACCGAGCUUCACACGCGGCAAACUCAUGGAAAGUCCUACAGGCAGUUGAUGAGCUUAAGCCCAUACGCACAAGCAACUGGAUCCAAGAGCAGACAAGAUGAUAAACAGCAGAAGCCCUGGGAGCGAGGGACAAGAGGGGAGAAACGGAGGUGGAGGAGGAAGAAGAGGCUGACGAAGGCCCAGCACUGCUCCUCCUCCUCUCUGCAGCAGCGUGUUGAGUCUCUGCAGCACCACAUAGACAUCCUGCAAAGUGCCAGGAAGGAUGCUCUGCUUGCAGCCAGAGAGCUGCAAGAGGCCAAUGAAGCGAUCAAGGUGCAGCUCAACAGCAGCAAGCAGCUCACACAGAAGCUGACCUCUGACCUGGCUGGUGUGGAGCAGCAGAAAAAGGUUUUGGAGAUGGAGCUGGAGCAGUGGAAGCGGAUUACGCUCCCCCCAAAAGCUACACCUCCACCAGCAGCACCACCCACUGCACCAGCAAACACUGAGUGUUCCUGUCAGGGCAGAACCGGACCGGCCCUUCAGUCCCUGGAGGCCGAGGUCAAGCAGCUUCAAGUCAAACUUAAGAGCUCGAACGCUGAAGCCACAAAGCAGAUGGCGGCUAACAAAGCCCUGCGCGGACAGCUCCAGGAGAAGGAGGACAAGCUCAGCCAGCUGCAGGACAAGGUGAGCCACGCUGAGCGAGACGUGGCCAUGAAAAGGCAGCUGGUGGAGGACCUGAAGACCAGACUAAAGGUCCUGCAGGACAUGGAGAGAAGUUACCGGGCUCAAGUGGAGGACCUGGACAAGAAGGUGAAAACGCUUUCGGAGGAAGCCUCCAACAGGAAGGCGCUGAUUGAAUCCCUGAAGAGGAGGUUAAAUGUUGCAACAACAGAGAAAGGCCAGCAUGAGGCGUCCUGUGCAAAACUGAAAGACGACAUGGAGAAAAAGGAGCAGCGGAUCCAGGCCCUGCAGGCGCGUGUUGGAGCCGGUGAGCAGGCCUUGUCUGCCCUGGAACAGACCGCCACCGAGCAAAUGGAGGGGUUGACCAAGCACAGCUCCCAGGCCCUGGACCGGCUUCAGAGACGGCUGGGCCAGGCGGGCUCGCAGGUGGAGCAGCUGCACUGCUUCAUCAAGACCCUGGCCAGUGAAAUACUUUUAGACGUUCAAGAGGUCAAACAGCAGCUGAUGAGCAGGAGGAGGCAGAGGCAGGCCAGCUCUGUGGCGGAGAAGAGCAGCCUCUCAGCCAAGUCCAUGAUCAAAGCCAAGUCCAUCGCUGCCUCCAUCCUCAAUAUGUCAGAGAAUGAUCUGGCAGAUAUAAUGGAAACGGAUCAGAGGUCGGCCACCUGCACAGAGACGUCCGGAGACCAGGUCUGGUUGGACCACCUGAACUUCAUCCUCCAGCAGAAGAUCCCCUCUGCCGGCCAGCUAAUGGAGGCUGUGCGCGUGAAGAUGAAGGAGAGGAAAGUGCUGACAGAAGAGCUGGCCGCGCUCGCAGCACCAGUCAGCGAAAAACCCUGACUCCUCGGGCUGAGGCUGGGAAAACUGUCAUCCUCUCCUCUUUCAGCCCCUCCACCAUCCUGACUUUCCUGCCCGGUUCCUGCUCAGCGCUGGCCGGUCUGAGCCAAACGGAGCCACAGCAGCAGAACCAAUAUUUGUGAAAAAAAAAA